CACUAUGUUAGGUACAUUAAGACUAGCAACUCUAAACACAUAUAUAUAGCUUUUGGUGAGGCGCCGAGACAAUUCCUGCUCCAACAUGAAGGCUUUGAUUAUUGCACUGGCUGUGGUAGUAGCAGUUUAUGGGGAACCAAUGGAAAAACGGUUCUUGAUUGAUCGUUGCUCGUCAUCGUCGGAAUGCGGUGCUAACAAGUGCUGCCUGUUCAACAAAGUCUGCUCACCCCAGCUUCCUAAAUACUCUACCUGCCAUCUUACGAGUGUUACUUCUUGUGGAUGUGCUGAUGGUCUUGAAUGUCGGGUCACUAAAGAGUUCUCAGUGUUGGGCCAGAAGAUUCAGCUUCGUCAGUGCAUGGAGACUGGUCUAGAAUCACGUGUGGAGAAGCUCGAAAAUGAGGAGGAAGAGGAGCCAGGCAAAAGAGAGAGGAGAUUUUUGGUUGACAAAUGCACAGCAGAAGCAGACUGCGGAGCUAACAAAUGCUGUCUACUGAAUAAAGUUUGCGCUCCUAAGCUAACAGAAGGAUCAACCUGCUUCUUGUCGCAACAUCACAAGUGUGGGUGCGCUGAUGGCCUGGAAUGCCGUGUAACCACCACUAUUACAAUCCCUCUGCUUGGUACAAAAAUACCCAUCAGGCAGUGCGUUAAGCCCGAAUAAGUCGAAGGAGUAUGCUGGAUAAAUGUUUCUUGAGUUUUUGAUUCCAAAUUUGUAAAUUUUGUCAAAAUGGAGUCACUUUAAUAAAGACUUGAUCCAAUAAAUUCUUUCAUCACUAAAA